AUUUCAUGAAUUUUUUUUUUAUUUGAAGGAACUGCAUCUCGCACAUUUUGUCUCUUCAUAGCAGUUUACUUCUGACUAGAAAGAUUAUGGAUUUUAAAAAGUCUAAUAGCACAGGAAACGUCAUUUGCAUAUUGGUUUGUUCACCACAACUCCUACUCAAGAAGACACGUCAGUUCACACACAACAGAAGAACAUCACGUCGAUCUCUUCAGUGGAAGCUCUUUUAUAUGGCCUGCUGCAUAUUGUUGGCCAAGAAAAUCAACUUAUAAUUUCAGCUUAUUUGCUGGCUGAUUUGAGUAUGGUGGGCAUCUGCGCAUAAAUCCAUUAGACAUGGUCAUAAAAUAAAUAUGGGUUGUCUAACAAGCAGGCCCUGCCGUCGAUCUUCUGUUCACGGACUGGAGGACCCCAUCUUAAUGCCUGAUGAAUCAUCAGGAAAUCAUGUGCACACGGCAGUGGCUUUGUGUAACUUUCCACCCCACAGGUCUGAUGAACACACUAUAUUUUUAGGAGACAGACUGAACAUUAUAUCAGAAGAUGAAGAUAUGUUCUUGGUCAAUUCUACAACAACUGGCACAGAAUUUUUCAUUCCUCGCUCCUAUGUUUCCAAAGUGCAUAAUCGGUGGCUGUUUGAAGGGAUCACGAGAAGAAAUGCAGAGCAACUUCUUAUGCUGUCUCCAAACUACUCUGGAUGUUUUCUAAUUCGGGAAAGCCAGUCAUAUCCUGGUUCCUACUCGCUUUCCAUGCGACAAGAUAGAGACAGUGUGCACUGUGUAAAGCACUACAGAAUACAUCAGCUCCACAACGGCUGGUUCUGCAUCCACCAGAGCCCCUACUUCUCCACUCUCACACAGCUGGUGGACUAUUACUCGCGGUCUUCUAAUGAAUUGUGCUGUCAGCUGACCGAGCCUUGCUUACUUCAUGACUCCGACAGAGCUGCGGGGCAGCGACCCCCGCCAAUAUCACUUCAGAGGUCUCAUUUUACCUGGAGAGAUUUCUCCAGGUCGAUGAUUCAAAGGCAGCUGAAGAGAGCGGACCAGCAGAAUCUGGUCAGUGAAGGACUAAGAGAGACUAUGGAAGCAUACUUUUAUGUCACAGAGGAGUCGAACUGCACCGAAUGACAUCCAGCACAGACUUGUAAGAUUCUAAUGAAGUUAUGUGAAAGUUGUUUUGGGUAUUUGGUGGGCAUUUUGACCACAGUACAGAAGCAUUCCCAGUGUUGUGAUGUUUUGUUAAUUAUUUAAUGAAUAUUUUUGUAUGUUUUAAUGUUUUUUCCUUUUUUUUUCUCGUUAUAGUUACAUUUUGUGUCUGUUGUAUUGUACAGGGUGCAUUACUUUGAGAAACUGCUGAAUACAUUGUUCAGUUGGUCAGUAGGACCCAACAGAAAACAAAUUAAUAAUACAAACAAAGUGACAAAAUGUAGUAUAAUUUUACAACAUAACAUACUUAUGUAAAUAACAUUGUGGAGCAUUAUUUUUUUUAAUGCAUUUUAUUUUACUUUUCAUUUAAUAUAACAAUAUCUACCUUUUAAAUAAUGUGUCAUUAUUUAUUUUAAUUCAAAAUGGGGCUCAAUUUUUUCAGCGGUGAUAACUGACAUAAUUGUUAUCAUGAUUUAUAUGAAACUGAGCGAUUUUAAAAAUGUUGCAGACCCUUAAAAUGUGUAGCAAAUACAGUAGCUGUCUCUGUAUUAUGAAACAGUCCUUUCAUUUACAAAGUACAGUAUUCUAAUUUCUGACAUUGUAUUCACUUUACAGUAAAUAAU